UGUCUCACACGCGUUUUUGGUUUGCUAGGGAGUAAUUAACUAAUUAAAUUGCUACUCAAGGAGGCGUGUCAGACAGUUAAGAUGAUUACACAGAUUGCAUUUUAGCAGCUCGAUCCAUCUGGUACGAUAUUUCAAUCUAAAAGUUGUGUAAACUACAACUACAAAAACCAGGCCGGUUGAAGAACACGUAGCUGUUCUUGUUUGCCGAGCUUAUUAAUUCACUAAAUUAAAUGUUAUCUUUAUUUAGAUCAGAAUUCCACACCGCCACCAGUAAGAUUCUUCGGUCUUUCUCUCCGCGCCCUGUUGUACCUGGGAGACCAAGGCAAGGAACAGAGUGAUGACGUCAUGACUAGGCCAGUAGAUCAGGAGGUAGUGUGCCCCCCUGGUUUUGUUCCUGGUGUACAGGACUGCCGCCCCCUUCUGUACAAUUUCACGGUAAUGCGGUCACUCGUUCUCUUACAUUUUGAACCGUGUGGCUGGGUUCCAACUCCUAGAGAUGGCUGUGGAGAUAUCAUACGAGAUGGUCGACUGGGAGCUGUAGUAAGAGCUUCACAGGCACAGGCUUUUACCUGUGGUCAGAAACGCGACGCGGAUAACACGUCCAUCAUCUUUGUCCUUGGAACAAUGGUCACUCUACGCGUGAGACUAGCCGACUACGAGGAAGGUCGCAACAUGUUCGACCAAGUACAAGCAUGGAUGGAAAACGCUCUGCAAAACGUGCAGUUGAAGAUAUCCGGAGAACCAGUGGGUAUACGCUCAGGAUCGUUCUCUGCCUGCAUGAAGAACGCCACGAUCCACAGCUCCGUGCCGCCAUUUUAUGGAGCCACCACGCUGUCAACCCCGAAGCAGAGCCAAGGAAACAGUCCUGUCGGUAACGUUACACUUUUGAUGUUACUUUGA